AUGAGUCUGGUGAGUCUGAUGUGAACCACACGUAAACAUGGCGGAUGUGGAAGUAACAAAACCUUUAAGCGGUCUACUGAAUGGAAUAGCUCAAAUGGUGUAUUAUAAUAAACGCGAAAUUACAGAAGAGCUGCUCAAGAAUGAGCUGUAUCCGGAAAUGCCGCUGGAAGAAUUCAAGGCUUUGUACGAAAAAAUGAAAGGGCUCGUAAAGUCCAUUGCCACAGCAGACAUGGACCAUGCCCAGCUGGAGGCCUUCCUCACAGCUCAGACCAAGAGGCAGGGUGGCAUUGGGCUGAGUGCCGAGCAGGCAGCUGCUCUCUCCCGCUUCUGGAAGAGCCAGCGAGUACGGGUAAGGGGGAGCUUGCUGGCUCAGAGUCGCUGGGAGCCCAGUCUCAGGGGCCUCUCCUGGAGAGUGGACCUCCAAACUGGUGACAGCUACGGGAACACUGUCCACAGAGGGCCGGUCGCCCUGAUGGAGCUGGAGCUUGGCAGAGAUGGACAGGACUCUGAUUUUGUGUGUCUGGAGUUUGAUGAAACCAAGGUGAACCAGGUGCUGAAGAAGAUGGCUGACAUCCAGGAGAGCAUAGACAGAAUAGUUUGCCGUACGUGACAGCAGAGAGAGUUCCAGCUUUGUUAUCUGGCCAGAUAAGUGGUUUAUACUAGCCUGGGAGACCCUAGGAGAGAAAUGAUUGUUUUCAGUGGAAGAUUACCAGUAAUUAAUGUCACAAGUAAAACAAUGGCAAAAACAUAUUGCAUCAUGUAAACUUUGUUUUAUAAUAAUCUUAAGGGUUUUGAGCUGUUUUCCCAAAUACGCAAUUUUUUCCCAGAUCCAGGAAGUGUUAUUGAAUCAUCUAUCCAUACUUGGAAUUUCUUAACCACCUGCCUGACAUAGGGACAUUUGGAUUAUUGAAUGAAUUAAGUCUAACAAUCAGGAUGAUACAAUGUCAUUUAGGUGUAUCUUCUGUCUGAAUGUAAGUAACCUUUUUCUAAUAAACAGGUAAAUGUCCAGUCAGGUCUUAGUUCUGGUGCUCAUUUCUGUGGAAGAUGUAUGAUUUCUUUAAUAAGGCUCUUAGUUACUGAAAAGAAAUGUUCUGUUUUUCUGUUGUUUUUUUCCUAUCAUUCUGAAUGAGUCCACCUGCUGUUUUAUCAAUUAUUUAUUAAAAUGAACAAAAACCGAAAGACCUGAACAGUGCUGCAGUGUUGCAGUAUGACAGGAUCACUAUCAAAAAAGGCAUUAGUUUAGUUUUUAAUGUAGGGAUCAGAUCUGAAUGGUUUUACCACUGUAUGUAGCAGCUGCUUUUUGUCUAAUACAUCCAGUACAUGUUCAUUUAUUGCUGGAUUAAAUGUGAAAUGUUAACCAAA